UCUGAGACGUGUGGCGGAUUACACAUAUGGACGCACACACGUGUCGGCGGUUUUGUGUAAUGCAGACCUGUGCAGGCAGUCUCAGCCGCAGCCCACUACUCCCCACAGCCAACUCCCCCACGCGGUGUCGCGGCCGCCGGGCACCCACGUCGCAGCCCGUCCCUCAGCGCGUCGCGCAGGGACGGACACGCGCCCGUGAGGACGUCCGGGGAGCGCGCGCGCCGCCGCCUCCACCACCGCCACCGCCUCCGAGCUGGGCCGGAACUGCAGGUAGUGUGGUUUGAAGGUGAUGGCCCUGACUGAGGGCCGAGAGGCCGCGUUUCCCGCUCCUCCUGCAGUCACUGCCGACGGCUCCGUCCGUUCAUCGUCAUGAGAGGAGACAGAGCCCUGAAGCAAAGAAAUCUGGAUCACAAAAAAGUAUUCAAGGGUCAUGCAAGCCAACUGUAGCCAACUGCACAGUCCUCCAGGAGCUGCAGGCAGUGAAGAUGCCUCAGCCUCCCAAUGUGUCCAUACAAGAUUGACAGAAGGUUCUUGUCUUCAUUCUGGAGAUGUGCAUAUCCAGAUAAACUCCAUACCUAAAGAAUGUACUGAAAAUCCAGGCUCCAGAAAUAUAAGGUCAGGUGUCCAUAGCUGUACCCAUGGAUGUGUCCAUAGUCGCUCACGGAUUCACUCCCAUAAUGAAGCAAGGCAGCCCGAUGACACUGUCAUGGAGUCUGGAGAUCAUAAUAAUAGCUCCUUCUCAGAAUUCCGGUCUCUCUUCAAGUGGCUGCAAAAAAGCCUUCCAUAUAUUUUGAUUCUGGGUGUCAAACUUAUUAUGCAGCAUAUAACAGGAAUUUCUAUUGGAAUUGGGCUGCUUACAACUUUUAUGUAUGCAAACAAAAGCAUUGUAAAUCAGGUUUUUCUAAGAGAAAGGUGCUCAAAGAUUCAGUGUGCUUGGUUACUGGUAUUCUUAGCAGGAUCUUCUGUUCUUUUAUAUUACACCUUUCAUUCUCAGUCACUUUAUUACAGCUUAAUUUUUUUAAAUCCUGCUUUGGACUAUUCGAGCUUCUGGGAAGUAUUUUGGAUUGUUGGAAUUACAGACUUCAUUCUGAAAUUCCUCUUCAUGGGCUUAAAAUGCCUCAUUUUAUUGGUGCCUUCUUUCAUCAUGCCUUUUAAAUCCAAGGGUUACUGGUAUAUGCUUUUAGAAGAAUUAUGUCAGUAUUAUCGAACUUUUGUUCCCAUACCAGUUUGGUUUCGUUACCUUAUAAGCUAUGGGGAGUUUGGUAAUGUAACUAGAUGGAGUCUUGGGAUAUUGCUGGCCUUACUCUACCUCAUACUAAAACUUUUGGAUUUUUUUGGACAUUUAAGAACUUUCAGACGGGUUUUGCAAAUGUUUUUUAUACGACCAAGUUACGGAGUGGCUGCCAGCAAGAGACAGUGUUCAGAUGUGGAUGAUAUUUGUUCAAUAUGUCAAGCUGAAUUUCAAAAGCCAAUUCUUCUCAUCUGUCAGCAUAUAUUUUGUGAAGAGUGUAUUACCUUAUGGUUUAACAGAGAGAAAACAUGUCCACUGUGCAGAACUGUGAUUUCAGACCAUAUAAACAAAUGGAAAGAUGGAGCUACUUCAUCACACCUUCAAAUAUAUUAAGUUGUAUAAACUCUUAAGGCCACAAAACACCGAUUUUAUUUGGUUACAGUGAGUAUUAAUAAAGACAUUAGAAUGGAUUUUCAGGGCUAGAAGUUAAGGAAAAUGUAUCCAAAUGGUUUUAGAAUAUUGUCAUAAGACUUAAAGAUUAAAUGAAAGAAGCCUAUGUUUUAAAAAAUAAGUAAUGUUCAACCUGAUGCAUAUAAACAUUUAUUCUAUCCUAAUUAUUUGACAGGUGAUUGCAGUGUUAAAUUGUGUGUUUUCUUGUUAAUGUUACCAAAACAGCAAUUGGAUAACUAGAAUUAGUAGAUCUUAGAGGAACUCAGGUAUUCUUUCCUGACAUUGUUUUCAGACGGAAGAAUAUUUUUCAUAAUGUUUUAAAAUACACAUUAUCUGAAAGUAGAAUUUUCUUUAGCAUUGACUUUUGUAAUUCCCAUUCUAAAAAUUCUUAAAAUUUUCAUAAAAUUUGUAUUUUUAAAUGAAAGUUCUAAAUGAUAUAUUUUACCUAUAACAAUCAAAUUUUCUAAGUGAAGAUUAAUUUACUGAGGAUGAUAUAUUUUAAUAUUGUAUUCUCUUGAGUUAUUAGUAAUCAGUGAGAAUAGAUGAUAUAAAUUCAUUUUGUUUAUGGACCUCAUAUAUACAAUCCUGCCAUCAACUUUAAUGUUCAUGAUCUUGCUUUCUAUAUAGUGCCAUGGACUGUCUUCAAGUAACUAUUAAAAUAAUUGAUAUGGAUAACAAA